UUUUUUCUGUUCUUCACGUUUCGUCUGAGUUUUGGCUUUAUUUUUCUGGGGGCAGAAACCAUGGCUUUCUUUAUGAAAACUAUGAUUAGCAACCAGGUCAAGAGCUUCGGAUUUAGUGGCGGGUCAGAAGAAAAAAAAGAAGAAGGAGGAACGUCGGAUCCCGCGGCAGCCCAAGGGAUGACUCGAGAGGAGUAUGAGGAGUAUCAGAAGCAAAUGAUCGAGGAGAAGAUGGAAAGAGAUGCUGCAUUUACACAAAAAAAAGCAGAGAGGGCAUGCCUCAGAGUUCAUCUCAGAGAAAAGUACAGACUCCCGAAGAGUGAAAUGGACGAGAACCAGAUCCAAAUGGCUGGAGACGAUGUGGACCUGCCCGAAGAGCUCCGGAAAAUGGUGGAUGAAGAUCAAAUCGAGGAGGAAGACAAGGAUUCUAUUCUUGGGCAUUUACAGAACCUCCAGAACAUGGACUUGGACACCAUCAAAGAAAAGGCCCAGGCCACCUUCACGGAAAUGAAGCAGACGGCAGGGCAGAAGUGUUCUGUGAUGUGAGGGGAGGGCGCGGGGUCAAGGGCAAGGGGACCGCUCUCCUGAGGAACACUGCCAGCAAUGAAUACUUAAACACAGCAGACACAGAAAAACCGUGGUUAGAAAGCACUCCACAAACUGGUAGACAACACCUUGAUGAUCUAAAUGUUUCUGGUAGAGCACUUAGCCAGCACCUUGCAGUAGGAAACAGACUCUCCUUUUAGUUAUAAAUGUGGCUCUGGGGGCGCCUGGGUGGCUCAGUGGGU